AGUUUACUUUCGUUUUUGACUUUAUCUGUUAUAAACAUUCCUUUCAAACAAAAUACACCAUAAAUAUUGAUAUAUACAUGCUAUAGAAGGUUAUGAUAUCUUUGUUAGGAUUCAUAGUCAUUUAUCUGAUAGGUGGUAUCACAUUUGUACCUUUGUUGGCUAUUGCUGGACUUAUUUACUUGAAAGGCAUCAGUACCUUUAAACGUUCAGCAGCAACCAAAGCCUCAGUACCAGAAGUUGAACCUAUUACCCGUGUAAGAAACCCUGACGAUGUUGUUGUGAAGAAAGGCUGGAUACGUUUGACGAAUCAAUAUCAGCCAAAAAUGCCUGAAGUUCAAACCAGUAACAACAAUGGCAGCAACGGCAUCAUCUCAGGCAUUCAAUCUUACGUGAGCGGCAAUGGUGGAAAUCAACCCAACAACAAGAAAGGAGUUAUGUACGCUGUACUGAAACAUCGUACUCUUUAUUGUUAUGAAACAGAGGACCAACAAGAGGUAGCUAUGGUGUUGCCAAUGCAAGAAUACUCCGUAUCAUUAUUUCCGAUAGCAAAAGCAAAGCCCGAAGGGGAAGUUUAUGGUAAAAGAGCAGUGAUUCGUUUGACACCCAGAAAAAUCACCACAACUGUUACAAAUAACGAAAAUAGAGAAAAAGAUGAUCAAGACCAAGAUAUCAAUGAACCAACUACGGCGCCUGCCAUCGUUGUUUUGCCCGAAGAUGAUAUAACAUGUCAGCCUGACCGUGUUUUGUACCUUACAUGUACUCGUAAUAUUGAUAAGGAAGAUUGGUACUUUGGUUUAUUGGAAGCCCAACACUUCAGUCAAGAGGCUACACCAGCGAGCCCAGAUGAGUCUUCGUUUAUCAUGAUGGAUAGUACACACUUUGACCAAUCUGCUAUGGACGAAUUAAUAAGACAAGUGCAGUGUUCACCAAGUCAUCGCGAAACAGCCUGGGUCAAUGCUAUCCUCGGACGCCUCUUUUUGGGAAUGUACAAAACGGACCGCUUGAAGAAUUUUGUUGAGCAAAAGAUUAGAAAAAAAAUUGAUAAAACGAAAAGACCUACAUUUUUAGAUGAGAUUAAAGUACGCGAUGUGGAUGUAGGGAAGUCGGUACCUUUCUUUACCAAUCCUCGGUUGUUAUCCCUUUCUCCUGAAGGUGAACUCAUCGUCGAAACAAAGAUGGAAUAUCAAGGUGGAUUGACCAUUGAAAUUGAAACCGACUUUAAUUGGUCUUACUCUUCCCUUAUGAAACCUAUCCGAAUGAAGUUGGUCCUGGCUGUGAAAUUGAAAAAAAUGGUAGGAAGGUUAAUGUUCAAGAUAAAGGCACCUCCUACAAAUCGUUAUUGGAUAUCUUUUUUUGAAAUGCCUGAUAUGGAAUGGAAAAUCCUUCCUGUGGUUGCUGAUAAGCAGAUCAAGUGGAAUAUUGUGACAAAUACUAUUGAGUCUCGAAUUCGUGAAGUGAUGGCAGAAACUUUUGUCUUGCCUAAUAUGGAUGAUACAUCUUUCUGUCCCUCAGGAGGAAAAGGCGGUAUUUUUGGCAAGUAUGUAAAAGUGGAAGUCAGGCCACCCAAAAGCAAUGGUGCCUUUGAUGUCGCUAGUAUCAACUCGGAUAGACGUGGUUCAACAGUGUCGACUUCAUCUACUCUUUCUGGCAGCUUAAGUCUUAAAUCCACUCAAAAUUAUGAUCCGAUUACAAACGCUCCAACUGUUCCCAUUGCUGGAGCUGAAAAAGUUCCUGCUGCUGCUGAUGCUCUAAAGUUGAAGAAUCGUCGCGCUGAAUCCGUAUUCGAACUUAACGACAAUUCUAAUAACAGCAGUAUGAAAGGUUUGGUUGGUACUAAACCAAUGGAAAGCUCACAGUCCUUGCCACAAAUGCAAACUUCCGCUAAAAGAAAAUCAAUCAUAGAAGAUGGUCUACCUUUAAAGUCUGUGGAACAGACGUCGACGAUGGAUUCGAAGACAUCAGGUACUUCUUCCAGUACUGGUGGCAUAUUAUCAAACUUGAGAAAACGUAUUACAAAGAAUUCGGAUAGUGAUUCAGAAAGUGAUGAAAGCGAACAAUUAAGCAAUACUAAUACAGCUACUGACAUAUCACAAACAGCAUCUACCAAUACCAAUCGUCAUGCUUCAAACUCUUCUAACGGUACAGAAAAUAAGAAGACUUCUUGGUUGCGAAAGGCAGAGAACUUUUUGUCGAAUAGGAAAUCGAAUGACAUUGAAGAUAUUGACAAACCUUUAAAUGAUGAAAAGAAAGAAAUUUAUGCUCAAAGACUCGCUGACAUGAGAAAACGUGCUGAGGAAAAACGACAAUCAGAUCCUAGCAGAUAUUGUAGUAGUUACUCUAUACCUCCUCCUCCUAUCAAUGAUAUUGGUAGCAGUACAAAUGCUCAUACAGAGUCAGCUCCUGCUUCAGCAGCAGCUGCAGAGCCUUUGCUUAAUUAUGCUCCACCACCUUCAAGUCAAAGUGUUAACGAUAAUUCGAAUGUCAUAAAUGAUAUAGCUAAACAAUACGAUUCUUCGAUCCCACCCAAUGCUCCUGUUUUGCCACCCAGACAUGAUAUGAUGCCGAUAAGCAACAUUAACGAUACUCAUGAGUCUCAAGAACACCAAUCGGCUACGAUUAAGGGCGAUAUUCUGUCCAAUUCUCCUAUUGUCGCUGAUCCUGAGGAGAUUGGACUUGCAAAAGAUACGCCGACCGAUACUCAUCUGAACAAUGAAGUAUUGUCCAAAUCCAUCAAUCAACAACAACAACAACACCAAGUACCUGUAAAGCCUCAAAAACCCCCACAUUUGGCUCGUACUUACAGCAAUACACCCCCUCCUUUGCCAAAGACAGCGAGGCCCAAGAUUUCUCCGCCAUUAAACAGAGCAACCAAGCCAACUUUACCUCCUCCACCAAACAAACCUGCUCGUCUUGCAAACAAUUCUCACCAAAACAUUGACAAGAACUACUUGUGCGCUACUCAACAAGCACCUUCUGAACAGCCAGCAUCAAUAGUAACAACUCCCCCUCAAUUACCACCAAGAAAAGAUGGAACUUCUGAACCUAAUGAAGAUCCCGAAGUUGUAUCUCUUUCACCUCCUAGUGCUCCACCUCGUAAGCAUUAAACCAUGUAGUAAAUUUUGUUUACUCGUCAUAUCCCUGUAGUUAGUUCGUUUACCUUUUUCUUUUACUUUUGAUUUUCAAGUAUUGAUUUUGUAUGUUUUUCCAUUUCCAUUCACUGUUUUCUACCAUCUAUGCUUUUACUCUGCAAAUAAAAUUGUAAUUAUAUUUCGUAAAGGUGUUUAAUGUAAAAGUAAAUAGUCAUUAUUUGACAAGAAGAGCUAUAUACAAGACAUACUAAAAAUACGUGUGAAAGGAUAUCUUUUUUUUUUUUUUUUUUUUUUUUUUUUUUGUUUU